CCCUAGGGUUCGUUCGAACCCAGGUUCAGAACCACUGUUGUAAAUAGACAUUUCUCCGCACGGCUGUUGUGCCUUUCUUGGAAAGAAAGCAUGUGGACAAGCGCUACGGGAGGACUUUGAACGGUUGGAAUGAUGGAGCUGCUUUGCGGAUGGCUCCACCCACUCCAAAGCAAGUCCAACGUCAUCGUUGUCGUGUUGUGGUGAUCCGGCUCACCUGGCUGCCUGAGCACUUGCUUGUUUGACACUCGCCGUGCCUCCGCUCGCGCCGUUUGCUCGCUGCCCUCCGUCUUCCUUCCAAUGGAAUGCCACCGACGCCUCGGGAAGUGGCCGAGUGGUUUGGCCUCGCUGGUGGGUUUGACGGCCGCCGUGACCUUGGUGCUGCGCUGUGCCUUCUGGGUGGCGCCUCGUCCGCUAGCUGGCUGCCGUGCAGAGUCGCCGCUGUUGGUUGGGCCAAGGCCCGUCAAUCUCUCCUCGUCACCUCCCACUUUGGAGGAGAUUGGAAAGAGGAGCGCGUCGGUGCUGCCGGGCGGACUCUACCACCCCCCGGACUGCGAAGCUCAGCACCGUGUCGCCAUCGUGGUGCCGUACCGGAAGCGAGCGAUGCACCUCCGCGCUCUCCUGUGUCACCUGCACCCUUUCCUGCAGAGGCAGCAGAUCCACUACAGGAUCUACGUCGUGGAGCAGUGGGGUGACGGCACCUUCAACAAAGGCAAACUGCUCAACGCUGGCGUCCGGGAAGUUCUCCGGGAUGAAGACUGGAGCUGCAUCGUCAUCCACGAUGUGGACCUGUUGGCCGAGAACGACCGCAAUCUGUACACCUGCGACAAGUGCAAUCCCACACACCUGGCCGUGGCCAUCGACAAGUUUCAUUACAGGCUUCCUUACCGGCACUAUUUUGGUGGCGUUGUCGCAGUGACUCCAGACCAGUACAGGAAGAUGAACGGCUUCUCCAACCAGUAUUGGGGCUGGGGGAGAGAGGACGACGAUUUGUGGCAAAGAGUGGCUCUGGCGGGCAUGAAGGUGAUGCGCCCCCCACUGGCCAUUGCUCGUUACAAAAUGAUCAAGCAUCACAGAGACAGAGGGAAUGAGGAAAACCCGUAUAACUUUGUACUGCGGAAUAGAACUGCGCUGGCCUGGUACGUGGACGGCCUCAACUCUCUGACAUACAAACUCCUCUCCAAAGAGCAGGAGCCUCUCUACACUCGCCUCGCCAUCAACGUCGGAGAAAAGCCCCGCCCCUGGGUUCAGGAGGAAAUGACAACAGACAAAACAGCCACUUCACGUGAUUGACUGAUGACUUGAUUAUUAACACAGGCGAGUAGAACCCACUCUGGUGCACAGGAUCCUGCAAUUUUGUUUUAUUUUGAUGAAUAUUCACUCUCAAAACAAACAAAUAGUGAAGGGUACUUUGUUCCCAUUGCAAUAGAAAUACAAUUAAGUCGGGGAAAAAAGCAGGAAUGAGCGUUUUAAAGAUUACGUAUCACAGUAAUAAAUUCUUCUGUUUCACAUUUUACUCAUUCAGUUGUGGUCUACAUAAAGUGGAACUGCGA